GCCGCCGUCGCAGCCGCCAGCACGGGUCCGCGGGGCGGCUGGUGUCGCAGCCCUCCUGUCGCACCCCCUGCCAGCCCCGGGAGGAGCCGAUGAGUUGCUGGAUGCCUGGGUGCCCAGCUCUCAGCAUGUGCCGGGGCUUAGCCGCGCUCCCCAUCACUUGCCUGGAAAGAGCCAAGGAUCUGAAGAGCCGCUUGGGCAUCCUGCUUCAUAAAGCCGAGCUGGGACACAAGGCGGGCAGCUCCGGCAAGCUGCAGCUGGGCUCUAGGCGCAGAGACUCCUCCCGAGAGGUGCUGGAAUGGAGGGAGUCCUUUGACCAGCUCCUCAAGAGCAAAAGUGGGGUAAAUGCAUUCCACACCUUCCUGAAGACUGAAUUCAGUGAGGAGAACCUCGACUUCUGGCUGGCAUGCGAGGACUUCAAAAAGACCCGGUCGAAAACCAAGCUGGCCUCCAAAGCCAACAGGAUCUUCGAGGAGUUUGUCCAAAGUGAGGCGCCCAGGGAGGUGAACAUCGACCACGAAACCAGGGAGAUCACCCGCAAGAACCUCUCGGGGGCCACCUCCGCCUGCUUCAACGAGGCGCAGGCCAAGACGCGCACGCUGAUGGAGAAGGACUCCUACCCCCGCUUCCUGAAAUCCGCCUCCUACCAGGACAUGAGCCGGCAGGCCGCCGGCCGCGGCUCCGGCAAGCGGCCGCACACCUGAGCGAGGGGCCCGGGGGCCGGGCGCAGGCCGAGGCCGGCGUGCUGGGGUUCCAGCUGAAGUUCUGGGCUUUCAGCAGGAUCCCCAGCACCUCCAGCGCUUCCCGGAGCCGCCAACACGGCUCUCAUUCCUCCCUGCCUGGCGGUGGGAGCCCGCAGCCUCCCCUCGCAGCCCGGCCGGAGAGCUUUGGCACUGCAGGAGUGGAAAGAAAUGGGGUUUGAGCUGCGAGAGCAGCGGGAGGAGAUGGGGUUCCCCUGAGCAGCCACAACGAGAGCUCCCACUGCGCCCUGACCGGCAGGGCCAGCACGGCAGCCUGCCGCUCCCGCUCGCGGGGAAUGGCCAGGACAAAAGCCCCGACACUACGUGGCAUUUCCAGCUGGAGGGAUCCUGCACCUGCCUUCUCCUGAUCCCAAGACCCUCCAGCUGUAUCCUAUGCAUGCUCUGCAGCAAAGCUUUCAACCUCCUUCCAGUGCAGUGACGAUUUGAUCCCUCGCUCGAGCUCCGCGACCUUCAGAUUGCACCUAAUCUUAGGUCACAUGCGUGACGUUUUAUCCCUGUUGCUGUUAUUUAUUUCAUCAUUGUUAUUAUUAUUAUAUCUAUAUUUAUUAGAGGAGCACUGCUGAAAGCACACACGUGUAUCCCUUGCUCCGGGGAGCUUGUAAGUUAAAUUAUUUUAGCUGUUGUAGCACUUAGCAUGCUUCCCACCUUUUCUGUGUAAUAAUUUGAGAGGACCAGACAGAUUUGUAGCACGGUUUUGGAGCAAGGUAUACACCAGUAGCAGCAGGGAGAGCUGCUAGAAAGUUUGGAUGGCAGGGCAAGGAUGCUUUGCAGCCCACGUUGUUCCCUCUCUCCCUUAAAGAUGUGGAAGGUAUCUCACCACCUUGUCCUAGGCAGGGAACAGAAAGGUCAAACAGGUACUUUGGUGAGCAACUCUAUGGAAACUUUGAUUUUCACACAUGGGAGAGAAAACCCUGGGGCUUUGCCUGGGUUUAUAAUUGGGCUUGGAUGGUGAAACCAGGCUGCGGACACAGCACUUUACCAGAAAUGCGUGGAGUGAGUGAAAUCAUCCCGUAAAUUCAGUGACUCAGGGCGUGGCAGGACACAUCACCAGCCCAGACCUGGGGGCAGCUCUUCAGAAAGUCCCUCUCAGCAGGAAUUUUGGGGUCCUGGAGAGGUGUGGGUCCCACUUGGCAGCAAUGGUGGGUGGGUGGGUGAUGUGGAGCCUGUGCUGGGUCCUGGGCGAUGUGCCACCAGCACUGCUCUCUGCUGAGGGCUGCUUUCCAGGGCUCUGUUUAUCCCCAAAGACCAAACCUGGAGAUCCCUAUCCCACUGGUACUCACUCCUUGCCAAGGGAACUCUCUUUUGCCCCUCUGUCUCAGCAACAGCCAGAGCACAGCAUCCUUUGGGCUUUUCACAGCUGCUUGAGCAGAGCAAGGGACCAAAGACCAGUUUGGGGAUGUUACUCCGAGUCCUCUUCCACCACCCCCAUCCUGGUCCCACCUCUGAGCCUCUGGCUGUUGUCUUGGCUGUGUUUAUAAGGAGAUAGCUGCUUUCUUAUUUAUUAUUUAUUUUACAACUGGAACCACCUUUGCUGUGUUACUGAAGCGAGCGAUGCACAAUGGUCUGUUCUCAUUACCGACGUAACAUUGUCAUUACAAAAUAAACUGUAAACAGCAAAAUACCCUGGCAACAUGGGCUGGGUCUUUAUUUUUCUGGUUGUGGACUUUCAGUUAAAUUUUACCUUCUAAUUCUGGAUGCUUUGCAAAGCUGCUUGUGUUGGGUGAGUCGGGAGGCAUUUCAACUCACUUUAAAAGUGACAGUGUCAAGAGCAGAGGGGGAAGGGGGAAGAUUUUGAGGCAUAAAGCUUUGUGGUAUUUGGGUUAUCAGAGAAAACUGAACGGUUCAUAGAAAGCAUGAAAGCAGAAGUGAAAUUUUGAAUACAGGAGCUACCAGUACUGCUUGUAUUGCUCAUAAUUUCUGAGCCCUUUACGUGACUGCAAUUCCCAAUAUCUGCUCAGUAUUAUUAAAAACAUAAAUGUCAUAAAAUUGAGAGGAUUCAGGGAAUAAACCCUGCCUUUGGGUCACUGACAUAAACAAUACUUGAUUUUUGUCAGUGACACACCUGAUGAUUGAAUUAAUUGGCAAGGAGGAAACUCUCUGAGGUUAAAAAAAAUCCUAUUCCUGUGCAGAGUGCAGUGAGGUCUGAGCAGCUCCCUCAAUGCUCUGGGGGGAAAGGGGAAUUUUGUAUGGAAAGAGCUUUCCAUGGAAGCACCCAGGGCUGGAGAGGAGCAGCCCAAUGCAGCUCGAAGAAGUGCUUGGAAUAAAAACCCGACUGAAA